AUGAACUACCAGCAGCAGCUGGCCAACUCGGCUGCCAUCCGGGCCGAGAUCCAGCGCUUCGAGUCCGUCCACCCCAACAUCUACUCCAUCUACGAGCUGCUGGAGCGCGUGGAGGAGCCGGUGCUGCAGACCCAGAUCCGGGAACACGUCAUUGCCAUCGAAGAUGCCUUCGUGAACAGCCAGGAGUGGACGUUAAGCCGGGCCGUCCCGGAACUCAAAGUGGGCAUCGUGGGUAAUUUGGCCAGUGGCAAGUCCGCCCUGGUGCACAGAUACCUGACGGGCACCUACGUCCAGGAAGAGUCCCCGGAAGGUGGCAGGUUCAAGAAAGAGAUUGUUGUUGACGGACAGAGUUAUCUGCUCCUGAUCAGAGACGAGGGAGGCCCGCCGGAGGGACAGUUCGCCAUGUGGGUGGACGCUGUGAUCUUCGUCUUCAGCCUGGAGGACGAGAUCAGCUUCCAGACCGUGUACCACUACUACAGCCGGAUGGCCAACUACCGGAACACCGGCGAGAUUCCGCUCGUCCUGGUGGGCACCCAGGUUGCCCAGAAGAUUGUGGCCACGCGGAAGAAGCAGCAGCUCUCCAUUGGGCCCUGCAAGUCCUUGCCCAACUCUCCCAGCCACUCCUCCGUCUGCUCGGCCCAGGUGUCGGCUGUGCACAUCAGCCAGACCAGCAACGGAGGUGGGAGUCUGAGCGACUACUCGUCCUCUGUCCCCUCCACCCCGAGUACCAGCCAGAAGGAGCUGCGCAUUGAGGUCCCUCCCACCACCAACACGCCCACGCCCGUCCGUAAGCAGUCCAAGCGCCGGUCCAACCUCUUCACCUCUCGGAAGGGCAGCGACCCAGACAAAGAGAAGAAAGGCCUGGAGAGCCGUGCGGACAGCAUCGGGAGUGGACGAGCCAUCCCAAUUAAGCAGGGCGUGCUCCUAAAGCGAAGUGGCAAGUCGCUGAACAAAGAGUGGAAGAAGAAAUACGUCACCCUGUGUGACAAUGGCGUGCUGACCUACCACCCCAGUUUACAUGAUUACAUGCAGAACGCCCACGGGAAGGAGGUUGACCUGCUGAGGACCACCGUGAAGGUCCCCGGGAAGCGGCCCCCUCGAGCCACCUCAGCCUGCACGCCCAUCUCUAGCCCGAAGACCAACGGCCUGGCCAAGGACGUCAGCAGCCUGCACAUCUCGCCCAACUCAGGGCAAGUGACUAGCGCGUCUGGGCCUCAGAUGGCAAGCGGCGUCAGCUUGGUCUCCUUCAACAGCCGGCCGGACGGCAUGCACCAGCGCUCCUACUCCGUGUCCAGUGCCGACCAGUGGAGCGAGGCGACAGUCAUUGCCAACUCGGCCAUCAGCAGUGACACAGGGCUGGGCGACUCCGUGUGUUCCAGUCCCAGCAUCCCCAGCACCACCAGCCCCAAGCUCGACCCGCCCCCCUCGCCACACGCCAACAGGAAGAAGCACCGGAGGAAGAAGAGCACCAGCAGUUUCAAAGCUGACGGGCUCUCGGGUGCCGCCGAAGCCAAACGCAAGGCGUGGAAACUAAACCGUGUGGGUAGCCUGCGAAAUAUUUACAGCAGCAGCAGCGCUAACGCCGAAGAGCAAGAAGAGAACUUUGAGUUUAUCAUCGUGUCCCUCACCGGCCAGACAUGGCAUUUUGAAGCCACCACAUAUGAAGAGAGGGACGCAUGGGUCCAAGCCAUCGAGAGCCAGAUCCUGGCCAGCUUGCAGUCCUGUGAAAGCAGCAAGAACAAGUCCCGGCUGACCAGUCAGAGCGAGGCCCUGGCCCUGCAGUCAAUACGCAACGUCAGAGGGAACGCGCACUGCGUGGACUGCGAGACGCAGAAUCCUAACUGGGCCAGCUUGAACUUGGGCGCCCUCAUGUGCAUCGAGUGCUCAGGAAUCCACCGGAAUCUCGGCACCCACCUGUCCCGAGUCCGCUCUCUGGACCUGGACGACUGGCCCAUUGAGCUCAUCAAAGUGAUGUCAUCCAUCGGGAACGAGCUGGCCAACAGCGUCUGGGAAGAAGGCCGCCAGGGCCGGACGAAGCCCUCCCUGGACUCCACGAGGGAGGAGAAGGAGCGGUGGAUCCGAGCCAAGUACGAACAGAAACUCUUCCUGGCAUCGCUGCCCUGCUCCGAGCUCUCGCUGGGCCAGCACCUGCUGCGGGCCACUGCCGACGAGGACCUGCGCACCGUCAUCCUGCUGCUGGCCCAUGGCACCCGCGACCAGGUCAAUGAGACGUGCGGGGAGGGCGACGGCCGCACGGCACUGCACCUGGCCUGCCGCAAGGGCAACGUGGUGUUGCUGCAGCUGCUCAUCUGGUACGGCGUGGACGUCAUGGCGCGGGACGCCCACGGGAACACGGCGCUGGCCUACGCACGGCAGGCCUCCAGCCAGGAAUGUGUGGAGGUGCUUCUGCAGUACGGCUGCCCGGACCAGCGCUUCGAGCUCAUGGCCACCCCAAACCUGUCCCGGAAGGGCGCCGACCGCGCUGCCAGCAGUGGCAGGAUGCCCACCAUUAUCUGACCGGCCCUGGGCGCUGCCCCGGACAGGCCCACGAGUGAGGCCUCUGCGUCCCCACUGCCUGCUCUCCCACCCCCACCCCACCCCCAGCCAAAUGACAGCCCUGCCGGCCCUCCAUCUGGCAAGGGGGGGAGGAGGCGGCUGAACCGAUUCCUAUUCCCUUGGCCUCCUGGCAGGAGGGGCCCUCGGAUGAUAGCACAGGACACACCCCCGGCCAAGGCCGCCUGGGGGGGAGCAGGGCAUGGGAGU